CUUCUCCACCAUCUCACGCUCGUCUCUCCAAGCCGCCUCUCGCUCUCGUCUCCUCGCUUCGCGUCUUGGCGACUGCACGCGCCCGCGCACGCAUCCCAUUCGCGCGCGCUCUGGCGCAUCGCGCUUGCCCAGCAUGAAGUUCUUCAUCGACGAGCUGCCCGUGCUCUUUCCCUAUCCCAAGAUCUACCCGGAGCAGUAUGCCUACAUGACCGACCUCAAGCGCACGCUCGACGCCAACGGGCACUGCGUGUUGGAGAUGCCGUCGGGCACGGGCAAGACCGUCUCGCUGCUCAGUCUCAUUGUGUCGUAUCAAAAGUUCCACCCCGCAGCGCGCAAGCUCAUCUACUGUUCACGCACCGUGCCGGAGAUCGAGAAGGCCCUGGCCGAGCUGCACGCGCUGAUGGCGUACCGGCAGCGCUACAACGACCCGGAGAAUGCACCCGGCAUUGGGCCAUCGGGCACCUACCCCGGCCGUGAUACGCCUCUGCCAGAAGGACAGGGCGUGCCGGAGGAGAUCCUGGCUGCGGGGCUCAGCAGCAGGAAGAACCUGUGCGUCCAUCCGAGUGUCGGGAGAGAGAGAAAGGGAAAGGUGGUCGAUGCGCGAUGUAGAGACAUGACGAGCGCGUGGGCUUGCGAGAAGGGCAGAGCGGAACCAGGAAGCGUGGAGCUGUGCGACUUCCACGAGGAGCUCGGCAAGCUCGACCAAGCGCAGCUCAUCCCUCCAGGCGUGUGGACGCUCGAGGCGAUCAAGGCGGACGCAAAGGCUCGCGGCGUGUGCCCGUACUUUGCCAUUCGUCGCAUGAUGCCAUACCUGGACAUCGUCAUCUACAGCUUCCACUACCUGCUCGACCCGAAAGUUGCGGAGCAGGUCAGCAAGGCGAUGAGCAAGGAUGCUAUCGUGGUGUUUGACGAGGCGCACAACAUCGACAACGUGUGCAUCGAGUCGCUCAGCAUCGACCUGACGCGUCCGAUGCUGGACAGCGCCUGGCGCAGUGUCAACGACCUGGCUGAGAAGGUCGAGGAGCGCAAGAAGACGGACAACUCGAAGCUGCAAGAAGAGUAUGCCCGGCUAGUCGAGGGGCUCCAGGAAGGCGCCUCGGACAACCAAGAGGCCGAGUCCUUCAUGUCCAACCCCGUGCUGCCGGACGAUAUCCUGCAGGAAGCCAUGCCCGGCAACAUCCGACGAGCCGAGCAUUUCGUCGCCUUCCUCAAGCGCUUCAUCGAGUACCUCAAGACGCGCAUGCGCGUGCUGCACGUCGUGGCCGAGACGCCGCCCAGCUUCCUGCAGCAUCUCAAGGACAUCACCUACAUCGAGAAGAAGCCGCUUCGCUUCUGCGCCGAGCGUCUGCGCGUGCUCGUCUCCACGCUCGAACUGCGACGGCUAGACGAGUACGCUGCACUGCAGAAGGUGGCCUCCUUCGCCACGCUCGUUGCGACGUACGACAAGGGCUUCCUGCUCAUCCUCGAGCCCUUCGAGACGGAGCACGCCACGGUGCCCAAUCCCAUCUUCCACUUCACCUGUCUCGACGCCAGUCUUGCCAUUGCGCCCGUCUUCGAGCGCUUCAGCAGCGUCAUCAUCACGAGCGGCACGAUUUCGCCGCUGGACAUGUAUCCCAAGAUGCUCAAGUUUGACGCCAUCGUCAUGGACAGCUACCCCAUGACGCUCUCGCGGCAGUGUUUCCUGCCGCUCGUCAUUACGCGCGGCUCAGACCAAGUGGCCAUCUCGUCUCGCUUCCAAGUACGCAACGACCCGGCAGUGGUGCGCAACUACGGCAGCAUCCUCAUCGAGCAGGCCAAGUGCGUGCCAGACGGCAUCGUGGCCUUCUUUCCGUCGUACCUCUACAUGGAGAGCAUCGUGGCGGCCUGGCACGACAUGGGCAUCCUCGAGGAGGUGUGGAAGUACAAGCUCGUCUUCAUCGAGACGCCCGAUGCGCCAGAGACGACGCAUGCGCUGGAGAACUACCGUCGGGCGUGCGACAACGGACGCGGCGCCAUCCUGCUGUGUGUCGCGCGCGGCAAGGUCUCCGAGGGCAUCGACUUCGACCACAACUACGGCCGCGCCGUGAUAAUGUUCGGCGUGCCCUACCAGUACACCGAGAGCCGCAUCCUCAAGGCCCGCCUGGAGUUCCUGCGCGAAAACUUCCGCAUCAAGGAGAACGACUGGCUUACGUUCGACGCCAUGCGUCACGCGGCUCAGUGUCUCGGACGCUGCUUGCGCGGCAAGGACGACUACGGCAUCAUGGUCAUGGCCGACCAGCGCUUCGCACGCGCAGACAAGCGCAGCAAGCUGCCAAAGUGGAUCGCGCAGCAGGUCACGGAGACACACAGCAAUCUCUCGACGGACAUGGCGCUCGUCGAGACACGGCUCUUCAUCCGACAGAUGGCUCAGCCAUACCCUGCAGGCAAGGUCGGCGUCAGUCUCUGGGGCGUCGAAGACGUCGAGCGGCGCCAGCGCAAGGAGCGCGAGGCAUACAAUCGUCUGCUCGAAGUCGACGGCAAGAAGGGCCUUGCUGCCGGCGCCGCUGCCAACGGCACAGACGACGAGCUCGAUGAGCAGGACUACGACGCGCUGCAGCUGCCGCACGACGAUGAGACGGCCAUGGACCUCGACGACGAGUUCGCUACGGACCUGCCGGACGCUGAUGAGAUGGCGGCGCUGGACGAGAUGGACGUCUGAGAGGCGCGAGGAGGGGAGAGGCACAGGGGCAGUAGCACGGC